CGUUACCAGGGUCCGCGGAUAGUAUCGGAGUAGGUUCAUCGAUGUAUUGAUAAGGAGGUUGUUCGUCUGAAUCCUUGUAUUCAUCAAUGGUCUGUAAUGAGACUGCAGAGGAAACUGAAGCAUCGUCAAGAGCUGGAUUGUCUCUGUACACCGUGAGCGGGAGUAAAGUUGUCGCUUUGCCCGUUCUUAAACUUCUUCAUUCGGCGGUUGUUGGAAGCUGUUUCCUUGCGCAUGCAAAAGAUGUAGAACAUUUUCGAGCCAGUAUACAACCCCACUUCCAAGGAUAUCCCGAAAAGAUUGAUGAUGCGGUUGAGAAUUAUUUCUGUCUCCGGAACAACAGCACACGCUCUGUCGACGACCCAAUAAGAACUGAAUACGGGGAUCUAUGCUAUUUCUCAGAUAACUUCACCUUUCAGGAAAUUGGCGAGGGGCUGGUCGACGUACUUCUACCUCUCUAUCUUCUCAGUGGCAAGCCUCUACAGGAAAUCGUCGCUGCUUGCACGCCAUCGUGUACCGAAAUUGCUUUUCUAGCCAGCGAGUUGAGCCUCAUCGCCAAAGCCAGACCUCGGUCAUCAGUCACAUUCUAUAGUCUCGUGCGAGGGGAUGUUGUUUCUGAGGACACUGCUCAAUUCAUUCCAUGA